UAUCCUGGAAGAAACCAGACCCAAACAAAUCCACCAAGCCGAGGGUUUUAUUGAGCUCGUUAGUGCUCAGCAGUUUUGUUUAAGUGUUGACAUUUGUGUCAGAUAUGGCAUUUCAUUGUUUCACAGGGAUGUGUGUAGAUGUAAUAAAACUGAACUGAGCAAGUCUCUGUAAACAUGGCUGAAGCAGUGAGACCAAAGAAAUCGAAGGCAAAAGCUUCUGUCAAGUCACAGGAUAAAAAGCAGAAGCAGACUCAGAGCCUAAAGAAAUAUCCUGGACUUGUACUAAAACCUCCUGCCACUGAACUCACCACUGAAUUUAUGGAUAUUCCUCUCAGUCUUCCUUCUGAGCCACCUGCUUCUACUCAAGAACCUCUGAACACACAGCCCUCGGCAGAACAAAAUGAAAAAGAGGAGAAGGAUCAAAGCAAAGAUCUUUUGUUCAAUAGACCUGAUGCUGUGGAGUUAUCUUCUCGCACUGAAGACACAGCAUCCAAACUGUUCUCACAAGCCCCGACAGUUGAAGUGGGCCAUUAUUCUCCAUCAUCUCAGUUGAGCCAGUGUGAUCCAGAAAUCCUUAGCACUAAACUUGAGUCAUUUGAAGUGUCUUCCCUUUACCCAUCACUCCCUGUUUCAUCUGUGGAACCCCAGUUCCUGGUUGACAUUUCCUCUGUUACCACUGAUCUACCACAGACAUCUCUUAUGCCUUUUGUGGUUGACGCGGCAAAUGCAAACACAGUCGAGCGACUCAGUCCAGCUCCAGCCAUUCUUCCUCUGGCUGAUCAGGAGUCUUCACCUCCCAGCCUCAUUCCAGUGGAGCUAGACAAAGUUGAGAGACCCCAGGAAAGGCUGUAUCCAGAGCUCCCUCUGACAUGCCAGGAGGUCCAGCCGUUCACCAGCGAGCAGCUCAGGAUGUGGGAACCAGGUUCCUGGCUGGAGAAUGUAGAGCUACAUGCUUCAGAGUUCCAGGCCCUGGUUCGUCAAGAAGGCCAUGAGCUGCAUGAGCUGUUGCUGAAUUACUGGAGGUGCCGUAAACAGCUGGUGCAGGCGCAGACUGAGUUGCAGGCCACUGUUUCGGACUGCAAGAGUGCACAGAACCGACUGUGGAGUUUCAAGGAUGAGCAACUCACACUGCAGGGUGUGUGCGCUGACCAGGCCAAGGUGUAUGGCUACCAUCGCUUCCAGCAGGUGGUCCUGAACGAGGCGGUGGUCGCUGACCUGAAGCAUCUGUUCAAGACCAAGGCCGAGCUGCUCCACCAGACCAUAGCCCUGCACUCCUACACCUCGGUCCUGUCACGGCUGCAGGUGGAGUCUUAUCUCUACAACCUGCUCAACACCAACCCCAUCACCAGGAGCGUGGCUGUGCACAAGACUGGCCCAGAUGGUCCAAAGUCACAGCCGUCUUCUCUAAAGCCGUUAAAGGAAAGCAUCAGUGUGCUGUUCAGCUUUACCCGUCGGGUUCUAGACGACUCUCAGUUCCAGGAAGACGUUCAUCUGUGGUUACAGAGAUUGGUAUCUGUUCUUCACCGAGUGGGCUCAGCAGGAGACCAUCUCUACAUCCUUAACCAUCUGCUGUGCUGUCCUGCAGGAAUCAGGAAAUGGGCCGUGCCCUUUCUACAGAUUAAAGUGCUGGAUAAUCCAUCUGGAGUUUAUCACUUCAUGCAGGCAUUGGCUAUUUUAAUGUCUCCGGUAAGGGACCGGGCUGAUCUGAUGUGCCAUAUGAAGCCUAGUGAUAUAAAAAGUAACAACAGCUAUUCAGGACCUCCAUCUAGUAUCUGGACCCUUGUAGAUGAAGGUGGAGAAGAGGAUGAAGACCCGGAGACAAGCUGGCUGCUUUUAUCAGAAGAUGACCUGAUUGCUCUUCUCUCUCAGUUUCCAUUUGAUGAACUUUUUAAACACUUAUUGGGGAUGUCCUCAAAAGGCAAUUACCAACCCCAAGCCACCACAAGUCAGAAAAUGAUGAAGAUAUUUGCUUUUGCCUCUUCACUUGUUGAGCUGCUAGCUGUUGGUCUGCAAACCUACAACCGAGCAUGUUACAGACAGUUUGUGAAGAGGAUUGGCCACAUUAUCAGGAUGACUCUGUGCUAUGUGAGCGAUCACUGGGCGCAGUACGUCAGUUUAACGGGAGUGAGCAGAACCACCAUGCAGGAACAGUCCUUCUCCAUGGAGAAACUGCAGGUGGAGUUUGACCAUCUCUUUCUCCGUGCAGUCUUGCGUGUCCUCAAGGCUAAAAGACUUGGCAUCUGGCUCUUCAUGUCAGAGAUGCCUUAUGGAACUCUGUCUAGUGCAAUGCUAUGGAAGAUCUUCUACAUCAUGCAGUGUGCUGAGAUGGACGGCUUGGAUAGGCUGGGCUGCAGUCUGAGCGUGGAGAGCUGCAUCCAAAGCCUCCAAGAACCAGGUCACCAGGAAAAGUUUGAGGCCUGGCUGUCAGAGAUAAAUAGUUCAGAUGGAAUUUGCUUGCUGACAGCGUUUGCUCACAUGGCGCAACCCAAACGCACUGACGCAGACCCGGAGUUUGUCAGGACCAUUGUGCUGGAGAUAUACAAGGUGUCUUAUGUCAGUGUGGCCACACGGGAGAUCUUCUCGAAAGUGGGGAGAGAGUUACUAGCUGCUAUAGCCACAGCUCACCCAGACGUCAUUUCCAUUCUGCUCGAGAGGCUGAAGGAGACAAUUGGCCAAGUUGGCAUGGUGUCCUUAUACCUGUUUAAGGAGCUUCCUCUGCACUUGUGGAGCCCCAGGGGAGAUGAGGUUGGAGUCAUUCGGAGUUGGCUGCUGGAUUACAGCCUCUCUGCUGUGGAGAAUAAACUGGCCUGCAUUAUCCUGGAGGGUCUUAACUGGGGAUUCCAGCCUAGUGGUUGCCUUGCCCUGCCUCCUGCGUUACACAGUGAAGUGGCUCUGCUGGUGGUGGAGGCUUAUCAGAAAUACCUCACAGACAAACCAUAUGCUGGCAUCAUCUCAGAAGGUCUCAAGCAGAUGUCCUAUCUAGCCAAUAUCAUGCGUCUGGGCCAAACUCCAGAGAUGUCAUUUAACCAGUGGGCGUGGGACUUGGCACUGCGGCUUAAGCUCCACACCAGUGAAAGGAAUCCCCAGGGUGCCUGGUGUCCACUGCCUUCCUCUGAUGUGCCUAAUGUACCAGAGGUCACAGACUCGCCCACCAUGCACCCGGUGCUUAAAGCCACCAAAGCAGGCAUCCCCAUUGGCUGUUUCCUAGCAUUGGACAUGAGCACCAUUGGGCACAGUUUAGAGAAGUUUUGCAGUGAAGGCAUUCCCUUGCUGAAGACCUUGAUUCAGUCUCGUCACUUCAAAGCUGCAGUCCAUGUGCUGGAAAACAUUCUACCCAUGGCCUAUCACUGCCCCUUCUACCUCCUCAAGAAUGAACAAUUCCUGAAUUGUAUCCAGCUGUUUUUACAGCUUGAUAGUGGGACACCCCAGGGUGUGACCCAACAGGUGACACUCAAGGUGGCCCAGCAUCUUAUUGGCACCUCUGGUUGUGAGAACAUCAAGCUUCUUAAUAGUGUAAUCCAGUCUCACAUCCUGGAGAGCUCCAAGGUUGGCAGAGUCGGAGCCGUUGCCGUUCUGGAAUUCUGGCUGCAGGUUUUCACCAAACAGAACCUCUGGCACAGAGACAAAACCGUUCUGUACCUCCUGGACCAUCUGUGCCGUGCUGCGUUCCUGCACCAGCAGGAGGAAUGUCUGCAUAAACUGCUUUACCAGCAGCAUAAGAAUGCGCUAGGUUACCAUGGUGAUAAAGGUCUGUUGUCAUCUUUAAUGGGUUGGAUUGUGGCAGGAAACAUUACCCCUUCCUUUAUCGAGGGCAAUGCUCUGAGUAGUGAGGUGUGGUUUGCUUGGCUCGUUUUAAACAUGGAAUCCAUCUUUGAGGAAGAUUCUCAGCUGCGACGCUGUUUGGAGCAUGAGCUUGUAUCCAACCCCGCUCUCACCCCAGACCAGGCACUCAAGAAGGCUCAGCUGCGCCUGAAGCUGCAUGUGGUGCCUUGCCUGCAGAGACUCAUGGUCUAUCGGUGGGCUCAGCAGGCCCUGGCUACAUCGGCAGAUCACCCGCUUUUGCCUCUCAUCUGGCAGAAAUUCCUACAUCUCUACCUUCGCCAGCCUGGCCCAGAGUUUGGACUGGAAGCUAAAGGCUGUAUUGGGAAGCGCUAUUUCCACAGUGCUGCACACCUCACUCUGCUAAAGGAGCUCAAGCAGCGGCUGGUGGAGGUGUGUGACUUUCACCAUGCAGCUGGCAAGGCUCUGAAAGUGCCGAGUCCAUCCAAGGACACACACAGUGAAGGAGAGGCGACGCCAGGAACCCCUAUAUCUCAGUCCAUGACCUCUCCUCAGCUGCAUGUUGAACUGGUUAGGCUUUUCAGUGCCUUUGCAUUAUGGAUGGAUGAUGAAAGCAUACAGAAACAGGAAUUGUACUUACCCUCAUUGCCGAAACAGUACGAUGCUCAUCACCUAGCCGCAAUUAUGCAGGGCCAACAGGAGCCAUGGAUGGAGUAUAUAGACAUUGAGCGAGUUCAGCAUGAGUUGAAUGAAGUUCUUAACCUGUGGGUGAAAGUCAAAAGUGAACCUUCGUUCUCUCAGAGGAACAGCAGCUCCAUCUUCACUGACUUCAUCAAUCCUCAUGCUGCACGAGAGCGUAUCCUCACUAACCUGAAGAAACAUGAUUCCCCCCAGUGUGCGCUAUUAUUAGUUCCUUUGAAGGCCCCAGUACCCGAUAUCUCUACUGGCAGCCUUUCUGAUGUACACACAUCUACUACUCUCAUCCAGGAAGACCUCACUAAGCUACAACACCAAGCCAAGUUAGCAGCAGUGCGUGAGACGCAGCAGGUGGCGCUGGACAAUGAGCUUUUAGAGAUUUUGCCUCAACUCUAUACCAACCGUGAAGAGCAGCUCUUCAUGCAGUUGGAAUGCACUGGUAAAGGAGGGCAGCCAUGCCAGGGCUCUGCACAUAUAACAGUGAAGUACGCAGGCAUGCACAAAGUGGAACCAGUGGAGACUCAGAUCCAAUCCCUGAAGAGUGACAUUAAGCAGCUUCAGAUAGACGCAGUAAAGCCUCUUCCUCAGAGCCUAGCUGAGGCCGCCGUGCACACUGAGAACUUCAUAACGACCCUUGUUAAUGCAUACAAGUUACACCCAUCGCCUGCCAUGCAGAAAGUAGGCAUUACAGCCUUCUAUCAGAUUGUGUCUUUAAUUUGUGAGGACACCCAGAGACACCCCCCGACACGCCAGUUUUUCACUUCCUGUGUGGAGAUCCUGGGGCAGGUCUUCAUUAGGGACAGUCGAACAGAGUGUAAGCGCAUGCUGAAGACCAUCCUGCAGAACAGACGUCUGUGUAACCUGCUGUCACCUUACUUCACUCCCAAUGCCUCACCUUCUGAACUGGUGACUCUGUAUGAAGAAGUGGUGACGGCUCUGCAUGCUGACAGUGGUGACGUCAUCUUCAUGCUCCUCACAAAGUUUGACCUGGUACAAUGGCUCUCUGCCAGUCAGCCGCCGUUCACGGAGCGCAGUCGUCUGAUAGAGCUCAUCCAUUUGGCACUCACAGCUUGUGGCCUGGAGCCUGAGCCUGAGGUUCUCAUGCCCUUUAACCUUUUCUGUAAGCACUGGACCCAGCUGCUGGUGUACCAGUUUCCUGACCACUACAGUGACUUCCUCAGACUCUUCACACAGAGUAGCUCAGAGCAGCUUCUCAGCGCAGAUUGCUGGAGGGCUUCCCUAAAAGUGCUUGGUUGCUCUGCUAAUCCCAAAAAUAAAGGGUCCAAAACAUCCUCCACACGUUCAGUCUGUCUUUCCCCUCAACAGGUGAAUGAAACAAUCGAAUGGCUUUCAGACUAUUUUCUCAAGCUCCGUCUAUCCAAAGGAGACAUCCGCAGCUUCGGCCUCCUCUCCAAAUGGAAGCCGUACAUUGAGGAAGUCAGGAUGUUCUGGGAAUAUCUGAUCAGUUACCUCAUUGAUCUGGAGCUGAACAACUGUAGCAAGGAGCCUGUGGGGAGUGGAAGACUGGUCAGAGCUCUUGAAGAACUCUAUAAAAAGAUGACUAAACUGUUUAGCCCCUGGAUGUUGGUCCUGGACACAGAUGAUGCGAGCAACCCUCGCUGUUCUCCCUGGCUUGAAUCAGAUACCACAGUAGCUGUCAGUCUGCUCAGCCUAUACACAAAACUAACUGCAACCUUGAAUGACAAAUUCAAAGAUCGCCUCCUGCCAGGACAAAAAGGUGCUCUGUGGCUUCAUCUCAUGCACUACUGCAAGACCUGCACCUCUCCAAAAAUGCCAGAAUAUCUUCUGUAUAAUUAUCACACCGAGUACAGCCAGCUGCCCUGGAAAGAUCUUUAUCCAGACCAGACCCUCAUGAACCAGUUCUUCAAUAUUGAAAGAGGAAGCCCAAAGAGCUGUUUCCUGUUCAUGGGCGAAGUUCUUUGUAAAGUCAACUGGAUCAGUGCAUUAAGUGAUCCCCUGAGCCCACAGCCUAGUACCAGUUCCCACAUGAUGGUGGUCUAUCUUCUGUACCUGAUGAUCUUCUUAGCCAAAGAGGACCAUCUUAUUAGCAAACCUGAUUCUCCUCUUUUAAGUCUCCUUGGCCAGUCAACGUCUCUACCCUGGCACCUAGUAGACAUUUCUUCAUACCAAAAUGUCACAGGCUAUGUGAGCACACACUACCAAGAUUCCCUUGUUCUCAGCCAAGAGACUUCUUCACAGUUAGUAGUCAAACUCCUUAAGAUGGCUGCCGGCUUCGGAUCCACUUUAGAUGGGUUGCAUCACAAGGACAUGACUUUAAAGUGCCAAGCGUUCCUUCAUUUGAUGGUGCAGUUUCUGACGUCUCUGGAUCAGAAUGGUAACAUCGGUCUCCCCUCAUUAGAAACUGAGAUGGAGAGGCUAUUGGAAUGUAUCGUUGUUUUCAACCCACCUGAAACUGACCUUCAGCAGAGACACAUGGCCACCUGCAGUCUGUUUGCUGAGCUGUUGACCCUACUGAAUGGUGCAAGUGUGUCAACAGCAGAGCAGCUUGGCACGAAGCUUCAUUCCUGGAUAGAGAAAAGGGCUCGAAGUCCACUGGUGUUGCCUUUACUCACUGCUGCCUGCAGAUGCCUGGCCUCUGUACGCCAUAUGACUCGCACUACUGAGGCCUGCAUAUUGUCCUACUUCACUGAUGGUGGCGGUGUGGAUCAGUACUCUGGCUGGGGACCUAUUUUGGUCUCUCUCCAGGUUCCUGAACUCACUGUGGAGGACUUCAUCCAGGAGAGUCUGGCCCUCGGCAGCUACCUCACGCUUUAUGUCUACAUCCUUCAAAAGCUCAACAUGGAGCAGACUUUGCUCAAUGAGAAGAAGACUUUGAUGCUGCUUAACUCCUGGAUCAACCAAGUUUUUCCUAAUGGUCCAGCAAACGAAGCUAAGGUGUUUCUGUGGUGGCACAAAGCCUUGCACCUGCUACAGGUUCAGGUUGAUCAGGGGGACCCAUGUGGACUAGAGACACUGGUGCUCUCCGUGAUAUCAUUUCAGAACCACCUGGCCCAGCUGGGAGAGGAGCGGCUUAACUCGGGCAUCCUGGGAGCCAUUGGUCUAGGGCGCAAGUCACCACUCUCCAACAGAUUUCGGAUUGUUGCUCGUAGCAUGUCCGCGUUCCUCCUGGUGCAGGUGCCUUCAGAAUGCCAGUUACGCAUCCAUGCAGGAGCAGAGCUACAGCUGUCCUUGAAGGCCCAACAGGCUGUGACGUCACUGGAGGCCAUGUCAACCAAUAAGCAGUAUUCGGAGCUGCAGCAGACCCUGAGCCAAGCCUGUCAGUUCAUCAAGUACCCAGGUCACUGCCUGCGAGACAGCAACCGCCUUUUAUCCCUGCUCAUCAACUCGCUGUACCCAGACCUCCAUUAUCUGGACAUCAUGCGCUAGCAUGGUCUGAACUGCAGACUUAUCAACCAAGACACUACACUUGUUGUGUUAAAAUGCACUGGAGAAUGAGCACAACAAACUGAAAUUCAGAUCAUUUGUGCUUUUAUGGGGUUCUUACCUGAAAACAUUGUCUGGAACAGAGCUUUGGGUGUUUUGUGGAAUACAGUGCCAAAGAGAAGCUUUGAAAGUCACGAAUUCAUGCCUAUAAGGUAAUCCAGAUGUGUGUAAUGGUGUAUUCUGCUCCUCUUUUUUGCCUGCCCUUUUUUUUUGACGUUGCACUUGUAUGUGUCUCCAGCUAAAAUGUUCGUUUUGAGAUUUUGCUUUAUACAUUGUGUCAUCAUAGCCUUUUCUUCCCACCCCAUUUAAAUCAGCCAACGUCAAAACAGUUCUCAAGCCUUAUUUGAAUGUUCCUUUUCAUGGAGUGAAAAUAUCCAGACAUUCUACAAGACCUUAAAAUUCUUUACUACAUGCCAUCAGUAUUUUAAUAUACGCGUUUUGCUGCUGGCCAAAUUUGAGAAAGUAAAUAUGUAUGAUCAUCUCGGUCAGUCAGAGCCAUGAGUUACAUUUGAUAGUAGCGUGUAAUACGAAUGGAAUCAUUAGUGUGCGAAAUUGCCUCUUCAUGCUUGAAUCACUGUUUAAUGCUAUGAUUUUGAGCCAAAUAAAUGCCAAACCUGUCCUGGAAGUCAAAAUGGCAAUUCCAAAACUGGAACUAAUAACUUUAAAAAAAAAAAAAAAAAGUAAAAUAAAAUAUGCAGGUCCAUGAAACACAAGUGUCAGACUUCGAAAUGUACGACAAAGUCAGCUCUAGUGCGAGAUAUAUGUACAGUUAUUGAUCUUAAUCUAACAUUUUCUAGGUUUGUAUGCUCUGUUUUAUUUGGUAUUUUGGCGACGAUUUCACUGGUUCCAUACAAGCAUGAAAGACGUACAAGAUCAUGUUUGUAAAUGAAGUGAAACAAGGUUACCUUUUAUUUCAUGUUCAGAUUUAAUUUUGCUCUUAUUACGAAUGUUUCAUAAAAUCUUACAGUGAAAUACUACACUUUCUCAAGGUGUAUAGCAUACAGUAUUUAACAUUCAGGUCUGUAGUGUGAAUAUGUUCGAAAGAAGCCUGUGAAGAUAUGAGAAGGCCUAAAAUAACUUCUCCUCGAGUCACCUCUCGUGAACAUACUUAUUUUUGCCACAUGAUUUAAUUUAGUAUGCACUUUAAAGUCAGUCUGACUCGGGAAUCAUUGCGUUUGUUUGCUGAAUGUAGUCAGAUCAUCAUACAGGUCUCAUGGAGGCUUUUGGGAUUUUCUGUCGUGUGUUUUAGUUUUAGAGAUUUAGAUAUACAUUAUUUAAAACAUUUCAUAAUUGGAAUUUGAAGAUGGUUUCUAUUUAUGCAGACACACUUUUAUGUUUGGUGGCUUUUACUUGCUUGAGAGAACUGAGACAGGGGGAAAGAAAAUUCUAUACAGAGAAGACCGUAGAUCCUUUUAGGUUUUUCAAUUUACACAAAACCCAGGAUGCUGCAGAGUCCUUGAGAGGUCAUGAAAUGUAUGUCCAGUUUAUUGACCACAUGACGUACCAUCUAUCACUUUUUUUUUUUUUUCCUUUGAGCUUUCAGUUUGCCAUUUGUGCUCAUUUUGCCUCUUGUCUCAGGAAAAGGUGCUCAUGGUUUCAUGAAUAAACUGAUCUCGCAAGUUACAGUUUAAAGGUGGAGCAGGUGGAGUUUUACUUAAAGUCUCCGUUAUAGGUGAAGGUUCUGUCAUUGAAGUGUAUUUUGGGAUUGAGAUGUGUUCCAGAGACGUACUGGGAGUAACAGGAUUGUAACAAAAAUGGUGUUUUCCACAGGUCCAUUGUAAACCUGUUGGAGAGCUGGGAGUGCUGCAGGAACAAUUCAGAGGUCCUGAAGCGUGUGUGUGUGUGUGUGUGUAACCAUGUGUGGGGAACAGGAAGGAUUUUAAGGGUGUAAGGACUUUACUCUUAUGAACAUUCAGAAUUGGAUCAAGUCAAUUAAUUUGUAGUAAAUUAGCAAGGGAGGAUUGGUGUGAGUUUAAUAAAUUGCUGAUGAUAGUAAAGAAAAAUUUUUUUUAUUAUCCUAACAAUUAUGCUAUUGGACGAAAUAAAAAUGUCUCGUUGUGUCUCUGUAUUUGUUUUGUAUGUUUACAUGAAGUAAAUAUUUGGAAUUGUAAUACCAAGUCAUCUCACACACACACCCACUGCACAAUAUUCUGGGUUUAAAGAAUCGAUUCUACUCCCAAUAAUCGAGGCUUAAUGAUCUGGGUCAGCUCACUAAAAUAAUUUUUGUCACCUCUCCAGGGCUCUGUAGGACACUCGGAUGAAUCCGGAUACACAGUCGCUGUAUGUGUCUUCUUUGUACUUUGCCAUGACUUUUGUCCUAAAGCUAAGUCACGUGAGCAAUUUGUAAAUUGCUAAUGUAAAAAUGAAUAGCCUUAGACCAUGUCUCUCAGUGUCCAUAAUAAAUACAUAAAGAAA